UCGAUCGACAAUAAUGUUGAAUUGGGGUCCAGUGUUUGUUGCGGUGGUCCUGUUCGUGCUUCUGACGCCGGGGCUGCUGUUUCAGGUGCCAGGACGGAACCGCUGUGUGGAGUUCGGGAAUUUCCAUACCAGUGGAGCUUCAAUAAUGCUUCAUUCCCUGCUCUACUUUGCUCUCCUUUGUGUCUUAUUGAUUGCGGUUAAAGUUCACUUGUAUCUUGGCUAA